UGAUCUGAGCUGGUCUCAUCAGUUCGGCCAUCGCUUCCGACAGCCGAGGAACGCACCGAAAGGAGCUCUCCCCAUAUUCUAUCUCUCUCGACAUAUCCCAACAACAACAUCAGCGCACAGUUAACCCUCUUGUUAUCUCUCUCAUUGCCACUCUUUUUUCACAUCGUUUGACUUGAUUCCAUCAUCUCCACAUCUUCGGAGCAGUUACUUGAUUUUGUGGCUCAUUUUCAAAUCGCUGCAGUUUAUUGACAUCUCUCAAAUCUGGUGACUUUACUCUGGUGACUCCCGACCGACAAAAUCGUGGUGAUUCGCGCGAAUUUUGAUUAUACUCGACGAUCGUUGGGUUUUGAGUUUGUUUUUUUGUUCCGACUCGCCCGUCACCGCGCGGCAAUAUGGAGAUGAACGCUGUGGACCAGCGUUCGUGGUACGAAUUGGCUGCCUCGCAGUCGCGCCACCAACAGCAACAGCAAGACAGCGGGGCCAACGGAGGUGCCGGCAGCCUCCAGUCGCAGCAGCAACAGCAACAGGAGCAGCAGGAAGUGCAGGAUAUGUUUUUCCCGGUUGCUCUCGAUUCGUCCGGGGCGGUCGGCUCGUCCGGCGCCAACAACGGCUCGCCGCAGCAGCGCGCCCGCCAACAAUACUACCAGCAGGUUCACCAUCACGCCGCACAGAUGCAUUCCGCCUACAACUCGGCAGCGGCCGCUUCUCACGCCGCCCGGAUGUCGAGCAGCCAGAUGUGCCGGCCACACUUUGGCGUGCCGGUGCCGACCCUGCCGUGGCUCACGCCACACCCGUCGCAAGCCGACGCCAAGUCCAUGAUGGCGCCACACCAUCCGCAUCACGCCCACCAUCACCACCACCAUCCAGCCCACCAUCCGUCGGCUUGGUCGCCGUUCGCGGCCAGCGCCGUGGCCGCUCAGGCCGCCCAGCAGCAGCAGCAGCAAUCGUCGACCUCCGGCGGAUCCUCCUCUUCGUCGUCGAGCGGAACAGCCAAGCAUCCGCACUCUAGUCCACACUUGCUGACCUUCCCGCCGACUCCGCCCGAAGACGCGGCCACCGAGUCGGCGGCCGCCGCUGCCGCCGCCGCCGCAGCCGCCGCAACGGCCGCUGCCAACCAGGAAUUCCAGCAGCAACAGCAGCAGCAGCAGCAGCAGCAAGAGCGAAACGGCAACCAUUCCGGCGCCGUGGCCAUGGACCUGGCCGGCGGAUCGGCCAGCCCAGUGGACAACAAAUCCUCGCUAUCCAGCUCGUUCUCCUGUUUCUCGUCGCCCAGCGACUUGAAAAUGAUGAGCGGAUUCAACAAUUCCGGCAGCGGCGACAACCACAAGUCGUCGGGUCAGCACGGAAGCGGCGGAAGCGGAGCCAACGCCAGCAGCGUUUCGGGACUGAUGUUCGCCGCGGCCGGAUUCGCCGCCGGAUCUUCCUUUCCGGCCUGCUCGGUGGCCGGAAAGCCCCGCGAAGGUAGCCACAGUCCGGUCAAUAGUAACAACAACAACAACAACGGCAACGCGUUCGCUAUCCCGGCGUCUGCCUCCCCGGCCUCGUCCACCUCAUCCGCCUCCUCUUCCUCCUGUUCCACUCCCGCCUUGCCCACCUCUUCGGCCUACGGUAGUUUGCCGCCGCCUCCACUGACUCCGCACCAAUCCGGCGGAGGUCAGCAGCAGGGCUCCGGCGGCGCCAAUAGCGCCGGCUCGUACUCGUACGGCGGAUCGACGCCGACGGCGGCCGAUUACUCCGCCGCUGCGGUGGCGGCCUACGGCGCCGCCGGAUUCCAUUCGGCCGUCCAUCACCACUCGCAUGCACACCACCAACAGUCCGGCUCCGUGUUCAGCGCCAAAUCGCUCCACCACCACCACCACCACCAGUCGGCCCGUCCAAGAACCAAAACGCGUUCGUCCGCCGAGGGUCGCGAGUGUGUCAACUGCGGAGCGACGUCGACGCCCCUGUGGAGGAGAGACGGCACCGGCCACUACUUGUGCAACGCUUGCGGACUUUACUACAAGAUGAACGGGCAGAAUCGACCCCUCAUCAAGCCCAAGCGCAGACUGGUAAGUUCGGCGGCCAGGAGAGCGGGUACAACAUGCGCUAACUGCAAGACGACCAUGACGACGCUCUGGCGACGCAACCACAACGGCGAACCCGUCUGCAACGCCUGUGGACUCUACUACAAACUCCACAACGUCAAUCGCCCGUUGACGAUGAAGAAGGAAGGAAUCCAAACUCGCAACCGGAAAUUAUCUUCCAAAUCCAAGAAGAAGAAGGGAUCGAUCUCGUCUUCGGCCUCGGCCUCGGCUGGGUGUCACUUGAGCAGUUACCAGGACGUCAUGUCCAUGGGAGCGGGAAGCGCAUUGGACAAGGCGGCCGUGGCGGCUGCCGCCGCCGCUGCCGCCGGAUUUCCGGGAUUCGCCGCGGCCGCGGCCGUCGCUUCGGCGGCUGGCGCCUCGUCGGCCAUGUCGCACUACGCCGUCUACGCCGGCAACGGUCAGAUGCACCACCCUGCCCACCACCAUCCGCAUCACGCCGGUCUGAACCACUCGGCGGCUGCGCAGAUGGGAGGCUUCCAUCAUCACGGCAGCCCAUCAGGUCCGCCUCCGGGAUCCAUGGCCAUCCACCACUCGAUGGGCGGCAUUUCCUCCUCCGCCCUCGGCCUGGGCUCUACCUUUAAUUCAAUGGCUUCCUGGCGGACGGAUUUCAGCACUUAAUUGCCCGGUGGAUAACGCAACUCUCUGCUGUCAGCACUAUGAAACCCACCAACCAUUUUACUGGACGGACGGACGGACGGACGACGUCGCCCACAAAAAGAAACCUCCACCCUUUUUUUUUAUUUUGAUCGAAUAAUUCGCACAUACCAUAAAUAUAAUGUUACUUUUUAUUCCAUUACACUACACACCGUAUUCAUCACGAGAUUCGUCCUCCUCCUCUCUAUACAAACAAUAAUGAAAUAAUAAUAAAAAGAAAUUAGAGUAAUAACAAGCAUUAUCGAUCGAUGACUUAAAAUGUCCUUCCUCCCCCGCGUGUAGAAUUGUGCAUAAUAUAAUUCAAUUAGUCCAUCAGAUUCGAAACAGACAAAAAAAAAUUGAAAAAAAGAUUAAUGAUGAGAACCAUAUACUAUAUAGUGGUCGGCUGUUUACAAAAAAAAAAUCAACAUGUAAAACAAAAACACACACACACAGACAAAUGAAAGAAAUACCAAUUAAAAAAUUUCAAUCGUUUUAAAUAUAUCCCGAAUGUUUUUGGUUUCCUUUUUUUAGUUUGAUGGAAAAAUAAUUGGUUUCGAAAAAUCUUGCUGCGGUGUUAAAAUCUUCCUCUUAUUUGAAAUUUGGCCUCCUCCGAAAAAAAAUUUGUUUAAUUUGAUUGGCUUUAUUUUAUUUUAUUUUUGGCUUUCCCAUUUACUCCCCCAUCCCCCUCCUUCACAUAUAUAUUAUGAUAUAUUCUUCAUUUGUAUACGUCACACCACGACAUCGGCAUCAUCCUUCGGAGGACUCUGCUGCCGGUGCGCUCCUCUCUCUUAUUCCUUUUUACCAUCAACCAUUAUAUUAUUAUUAUGAAUAAAGCCGUGUGUAUGUACGUGUGUGUGUGUGUGUAUCUCUGUGUGUAUGCCUGUGCAUAUGUGUGUGUAAUAUAAACGUCAAGAGCUUAUCGUUAGUGUCUGUUCGGAUCCAUCAUUGUCGAAUUAAAUUCAAUAACACUCAAAUUAUCAGCUGGUAUAGUGUCGCAAUUUUCGGCGUGACUGGGCAAUCAACUUUGGGAGAAAGUGGAACGGACCAGGUGGGCACAAUCGCAAAUAAACGAAGGGAAUGAAAAAAAAAAA